AUGCAUCUUCCGGCUCUUACCCUGGCUUUGGCUGGCACAGCACUUGCGGCGAAGAACACCACCAGGCCGUAUUCGACAUGGAUGGCCUCUUCCUUUUUGUCCAAGAGCCAGCACAUGGACAACCACUAUGUCGCUUCGGUCAUCCAUGAAGGUAUCCAGAAAGCCGCCACAACGCAAAACGACUCUUCUCUGCUUGCGUACGCUUCCGAAGCCGUCUCGUCGGUUGUUUCCUCCAACGGCACUAUCAAGGGUUGGAACUCCACCUUCUACACACUGGACGACAUCCGGGUUGGCAACAACAUCCUUUACUUCUGGAACUCGGAGGGCCGUAAAGACGACAAGUACGUUGUUGCGGCUAAGGGUCUCCGUGAGCAGCUGGACCGAUGGCCGCGCACCCCCACAGGCGGGUUCUGGCACAGGGCCCCUGUCUAUGCGAACCAGAUGUGGCUAGAUGGUAUUUACAUGGCCGAUACCUUCUAUGCGACCUACACAUCAUACUUCGAGCCCGACAACACGACUGCGUGGAACGAUAUCGAGUUGCAAUUCGAUCUGAUCGAGGAGCACUGCCGAAACACGACAACCAACCUCCUGUACCAUGGCUACAGCGAAGACAAGUCGACUGUGUGGGCUGACCCUGAGACUGGUGCUUCACCAUAUGUGUGGGACCGUGCUCUGGGAUGGUACUUUGUUGCGCUCGUUGAGGUGCUCGAAGUCUUCCCCAAGACACACGCUGGUUACUCCAAGCUCGUUGACUACUUUGUCACUCUGGCCUCUGGUAUCAAGGACGUUCAAGAUAUCAGCGGCGGAUGGUGGCUACUUAUGGACCCGGAGCUUGCUGGAAAGGAGGGAAACUACAUCGAGUCGAGUGCCACGGCCAUGUUCACCUACGCAUACAUGAAGGGUGUCAGGCUGGGUUUGUUGGAGAAGUCGUACCAGGAGACAGCGUCCAAGGCGUGGGAUCUGAUGUUGGAUGACUUCAUCCAGUACGAGAAGAACGGCACCCUCAGCUUUACCGGCACGGUUACUGUAGGAAGUUUGAAGGGCGAUGCGUCUUACGAGUACUACACUGGUGUUGAGACGCUGGUUAACGAUGCAACACAGCCUCUACUCAUAUACCCAAUCCCCGCAACAAUGUCUUCCGCUGUAUCAUCUGCCGCCUCCCCCAGCGCAACAGGCGCCUCGUGCACCACGGCCGACUUUACACAAUUUCCUACCCAAGAUGUCUUCUGCGCCGUCGGCAGCACAACCGGCAUCCCCUCCAACACAUCCGACACGCUCUCGCAAUGCUGCAAAGACGCUCCGGUCGAGGAGUUCAACGGUUCAUGUGGAUAUUACUGUCUCGCCUACGACCAGACUGUUGCUGAUCUCAAUGCCUGUUUUAUGGACAACGGUGUGAACCCCAGCCAGAUCUUUUGUUCGGGAAACAACACUGCAAGCGCGACGGGCACACCAAGUGGAAGUGGAAGCGCGAGCCGGACGUCUGGUGGUAAUGGACCUGAUGCUACGGGCUCGCCAGGUAGCACUGGUGCUGCUGCACCCAUGGGUGUAAGCAAGGCUGGCCUGGGCAUGUUGGGUAUGUUCGUCAUCUCUGCUUUUGCAGGUGCGCUGUUGUAA